AUGUGGGAGGAUUCAUGUGAAGAAGGUAAGACUCUCUUGACCCCUGCCUCCAUCUCUAAGCUUUCUUUGGCCUUCAAGAAUUUGAUCAAAGAUUUUCCUCAAGAACUCAUACAUGAUGUCCUAAUCAGACUACCCAUCAAACCUCUAGUCAAAUGCACUUCAGUCUGCAAGUCAUGGAGGACCAUCAUCAAAGACCCAACCUUUAUUCUCACCCACCUCACCCACAAACGUAGCUUCAAUACCCAGAAUGCCACUCACCUCCUACUACUCCACACUGUGUUUGGUGAAGACCUUUACCAUGUUUUGGGCAAACCCCACGUAGAAGGGUUCAAGGAAGACCUGUACUCUUUGCAUUAUGAUAAUUCUGCUUUUGGGGAGUAUUGUAAGAUUGAAUUUCCCAUUGGUCUUAAGCAGAUUCUGGUGAAUCAGUGUUUUCGUAUGGUGGCUAGUUGUAAUGGGUUGGUGUGUCUUUCUGAUGAUUUAGAGCUUUAUGCUUAUAGCUUCGUUUUGUGGAACCCUUGUGUGAGGAAGUAUGUGAUUCUUCCUGAUCCCCUUGUUAAGUAUUGUAGUCAUGGUGGGUAUGAGGCUACCAUUGGUCUUGGUUAUGAUGCUGUGACCAAUGACUUUAAGGUUGUGAGACUUGCUACUCUUAUUGAUGUCAAUGAAAGAGUUUAUGACUGCCCGACUAUAGCGCAGGUUUAUUCACUGGCAAAGGGGUGUUGGAGUAGGCUUCGUUCUGAUCUUCCUCCAUGUCAAAUCUGUGGCUGCUCGUCACAAGCUUUUGUUAAUGGAGUGCUUCACUGGUUGGCUUUACGUCUCACUGAUGGUGCUUAUAGCUACUUUGUUUUGACAUUUGAUGUGGGCGUGGAGUCCUUUGGAGAGAUGAUGUUGCCAAAGAAUUUCAAAUUGGAUGGGUCAUUGGCAUUGCGGUUGUCUGUUUCCGGGGACAAAAAGUCCAUUGCUCUGUUUGCAAGGUGCCAGAGUGUCACUGAUUCCUUUCUUGAUAUAUGGCUGAUGGGAGAAUAUUGUGUGGAGAAGUCGUGGACCAAAUUGAUGAUUCUCACUCCACAAGGUCCGGAGAGGAGUUUACGGGGGGCACUAUGUUUUAGGAAGAGUGGAGAAGUGGUGUUGGCACGUGAAGAUGAUCUUGAACUAGUUUCAGUUGACCUGGUGAGCAAACAGUUUAAAAGUCUUGGGGUUGCAGGAGGUCAGCUUUGUGCUGUUCUCCCUUAUGAAGAAAGCCUUGUUUUGCUUGACAGCAAGGAUGCAGCUUCUUACUAA